UCUUAUAUAUAAAUUAUCGACGAUUUUGGCAAUUCCUUCUGAAUUUCUGAAUUCAAGAGAAAAAAAGUUUAAUCAUGAAGGCUCUCAUUCUCGUUGGCGGCUUCGACCCUUGACACUUACUCUUCCCAAACCUUUGGUGGAGUUUUGCAAUAAACCCAUGAUAUUGCAUCAAAUAGAAGGCCUUGUAAAGGCAGGAGUAAAAGACAUUGUGUUGGCCGUAAAUUAUCGUCCUGAAAUUAUGGUAACUCUUCUUAAAAAAUAUGAAGAGAAAUUCAAUAUUCAAAUCACCUUUUCCGUUGAAAAUGAACCUUUAGGAACUGCUGGUCCCCUUGCAUUGGCUCGUGACGUUCUCUCUAAGGAUAAUACUCCAUUUUUUGUAUUAAACAGUGACAUCAUUUGUGAAUAUCCGUUUGAACAGCUGAGAGAUUUUCAUGCAGCACAUGGGGAUGAAGGCACUAUUGUAGUUACCAAAGUCGAAGAACCUUCAAAGUACGGUGUGAUUGUAAAUCAUCCUGGCUCAUCUCGUGUCCAACGCUUCGUGGAGAAACCUGUAGAAUUUGUCAGCAACAAAAUUAAUGCUGGCAUAUAUAUAUUAAAUCCUUCUAUUUUGGACAGAAUUGAGCUCAAACCUACCUCUAUUGAAAAAGAAGUGUUUCCUCAUGUGGCGGCUGAUUCUCAAUUACAUUCAUUUGAACUAGAAGGUUUUUGGAUGGAUGUUGGACAGCCUAAAGAUUUUUUGACUGGUACUUGUUUAUACCUUGCCAAUUUAGCCAAAAAACAACCUCAUCUCCUUGCAAACUCUGAUUGCGAUUAUGUGUAUGGAGGUAAUGUUCUCGUCGAUCCGACUGCCAAGAUUGGCAAAGGUUGUAGAAUCGGUCCAUACGUCACGAUUGGACCAAAUGUUGUUAUUGGUGACGGUGUCCGACUACAAAAAUGUGUCAUAUUGGAAGGAAGCAGAAUCAGAGACUAUGCUUGGAUUAUGAAUAGUAUUAUUGGAUGGCAUUCUAACAUCGGACGAUGG